AUGGAUGCACUGGAGCGGCACCUCGAAUUUGGAAAUGCACGGGAGGGGCGGCGUUGUUCUCUUGGAUUAGAGAAUUUUGGGGAGGAGGCGAGGAUACUGGAGUUGGAGGAGAUCGAUGCGGUGCUGCAGCAGCGUAUUCUUUCGCAACCUCAGAUGAGAGAAAGAAUGGAAGUUUUAUUGGAGCAAUUGGUUUCACUUCGAUUUUAUCUUUUGCGGAAAAAUAGAUAUGAUGUCUCAUCUGAUGUAUUCAAUAAAUUUCAAGACAAACAAGGAGAUUUCUUUCAAUCAGAUACAAAUAGUUUAUUGAGCUCAUAUAGUGCAGCGCAUAUGAGGACCAAGGGAGAGAAAGUACUUGACAAGGCAAUCUAUUUCACUAAAAAACACCUCCUUGGCGCGUUAGAACAUUUGGAAUCACCAUGUGUAGAGGAAGUGUAUUUUGCCCUUCUUACACCUCCUUUUAGAAGGGUUAGGAUAUUAGAAGCAAGAAGCUACAUACCUUGUUAUGAAAAAGAGCCUACACGAAAUGAAGCCAUAUUGGAGCUUGCAAAAUUGAAUUUUAAUAUUCUGCAACUUCUUUUCUGUGAGGAGUUAAAAGAGGUCACCUUGUGGUGGCAGAAACUCAAGGUCGGAUCAAAUUUGAGUUUCGUAAGAGACAGAAUAGUAGAAACUUAUUUUUGGAUAAAUGGAACUAGCUACAAUCACAAAUAUUCUUAUUCCCGUAUUAUAGCUACAAAGAUCACUGCUUUCAUGACUAUAAUAGAUGACAUAUUGGACACCUAUGGUAGCACUGAAGAGAGCAUGCAACUUGCAGAAGCAAUUAAUAGGUGGGAUGAAGGUGCAGUAGAUGUGCUUCCAGAAUACAUGAAGGAUAUCUACUUAUAUUUGUUGGAAACAUUUCGUUCUUUUGAGGAGCAUUUAGGACCUGGGAAGAGCUACCGUGUUGUUUAUCUUAAAGAAUCGGCAAUUAGUGUUAAUGUGUUGAUAUUUUUCAUGAAAACCAUAUUCCCAUGGGCUACAGCCAAGAAACAUUCGAUGAUAAAUAAUUACAGGCACAACACGGCCUACAACAACUCCUGA